AUGUCUACCAGCACUUGUAGUUUCAAGGACCGGUGCGUGUCCAUCCUGUGUUGCAAAUUCUGUAAACAAGUGCUCAGCUCUAGGGGAAUGAAGGCUGUUUUGCUGGCUGAUACUGAAAUAGACCUUUUCUCUACAGACAUCCCUCCUACCAAUGCUGUGGACUUCAUUGGAAGAUGCUAUUUCACUGAAAUCUGCAAAUGUAAACUGAAGGACAUCGCAUGUUUAAAAUGUGGGAACAUUGUAGGUUAUCAUGUGAUCGUUCCAUGUUGUUCCUGCCUUCUUUCCUGCAACAAUGGACACUUCUGGAUGUUUCACAGCCAGGCAGUUUAUGAUAUUAACAGACUAGACUCUACAGGUGUAAACUUCCUACUUUGGGGCAACUUGCCAGAGAUAGAGGAGAAUACAGAUGAAGACACAUUAGAUAUCUCAGCAGAGGAGUGUAUUCGAUGA